GGCGCGGGGCCGAAGCCGAGAGCGUUUAGGCGUUCUGCAACUGGCCACUGGCCUGGGCAACAAGCUCAUACCCAGAAACCCGGCCCCACCGUGAGCUCCGAGCGGAGGAGGGUCUUUCAGGCUGAACGUGCCCCCCCUCCUUGGGACUUGCUGCGGCCUCCUGAGUUAGGGGGCCCGCGUCCUGAUUGGCUAGUUCCCUGUUGGGGGUUGGGAACCCGGAACACCUCCUGAUUGGCCCGAAGAGACCGUUUUCGCCUUCUUAUUGGCCAGCCAAAGUUGGGGGGGCUUCCCGGUUCAAAAUAUUUAGUUUCCCUUGUUUUUUGUGCUGUUAUCCUUUGCCUUCCUCUCCUCGACAUCACGUGUUUGUUAUUGUUUUAAUUUUCCUUGUUAAUGGCAUGGUGUGGCGAUGGGAGGGACGAGAGAGAGCGAGCCUAUUUUUUUCUGGGAGAUUUGUUAAUUUCAUCCCAUCGUGCUAGUUUCUUCAGCUAUAUAGUCUAAUCUGCUAAAGUAGAAAGUAAAAAAAAAAAAAACCAUUUUGUCGUAUUGGAACCGUUGUAGGUAGUCAGAAAAGUUGCCUCUGUAUUUAGAGCAUCCUGGUUAAUUAUUACUCAGUUGGCUAAGAUCUGUAAAUCUAAACAUUAAGCACUGAUAAAGGAGCAUUUAGCAAAAGCACUUUUUCUUUGCCAUUGACAAUGCGGGAACUGUGUGAUUGCAUCCUUGUCCUAUGCAUGAAACUCUCUCUCUGGGCGGCUGAUUCACAGAGAUCAGGAAGUAAACAGUCUACUAAUCCGGCUGAUAACUACCAUCUGGCCCGGAGGAGAACACUGCAGGUGGUUGUGAGCUCCUUGCUCACAGAGGCAGGGUUUGAGAGUGCCGAAAAAGCAUCCGUGGAGACAUUGACAGAGAUGCUGCAGAGCUACAUUUCAGAAAUUGGGAGGAGUGCCAAGUCAUACUGUGAGCACACAGCCAGGACUCAGCCCACACUGUCGGAUAUCGUGGUCACGCUUGUUGAGAUGGGUUUCAAUGUGGACACUCUCCCAGCUUAUGCAAAACGGUCUCAGAGGAUGGUCAUCACUGCUCCUCCAGUGACCAAUCAGCCAGUGACCCCCAAGGCCCUCACUGCAGGGCAGAACCGACCCCACCCGCCACACAUCCCCAGCCACUUUCCUGAGUUCCCUGAUCCCCACACCUACAUCAAAACUCCGACUUACCGUGAGCCUGUGUCGGACUACCAGGUCCUGCGGGAGAAGGCCGCAUCCCAGAGGCGCGAUGUGGAGCGGGCACUCACCCGUUUCAUGGCCAAGACAGGAGAGACCCAGAGUCUUUUCAAAGAUGAUGUCAGCACGUUUCCAUUGAUUGCUGCCAGACCUUUCAGCAUCCCCUACCUGACAGCUCUUCUUCCGUCUGAGCUGGAGAUGCAACAAAUGGAAGAGACGGAUUCCUCGGAGCAAGAUGAGCAGACAGACACAGAGAACCUCACUCUUCAUAUCAGCACGGACGAUUCUGGAGCCGAGAAGGAGAACACUUCUGUCCUGCAGCAGAACCCCUCCUUGUCAGGAAGCCGGAAUGGGGAGGAGAACAUCAUUGAUAACCCUUAUCUGCGACCUGUGAAGAAACCCAAGAUCCGCAGGAAGAAGUCCCUGUCGUGAGCUGAGAAGGAAGCCUGGCUUGUCCACGGGCCUGGAUACCACCCCUCUGGGGAGUUAAAGCCACUCGAGGGAAGAAGAGAAAGUGACCUCUCUGUGGCUGAGCCAAGGCUGCGGAUGUGAUUGGACAUGAUUUUAAUAGCAAACCUUAUAUUAAGAUGACCUGUUUUCACUGGAUGCUUGGGUUGAGGAAGAUACGAUGGUGAUAAUGAGGCUUCUUAGUCAGCGAGGACAUACUGUGGGCGUAGCAGCACCCAGGGACUUCAUAGGACUUGAUUCCUUUGAAACCCAGAAGACCAGGAAACGUGGCGGGAAUAAAGGGUUCUUUGCUGCUUUGCUUGCUCUAAUACCAAGAAGACUGCUUGCCCAGGGUGUGUUUCAGAAUAUCCCUUUUGUGACUCACAAUUUGUGGCACGGAUUUAUCAUGUCAGGACCUCAUUCUUAAUUCUCUCCUCACUUGGGCUCCAGGUGCCCUGCUGAGCUGAAGGAAAGUGACUUUGCUCCCUCAACAACUUUGCUCCCUCCUGUUGGUAACAGGAGGCCCACACGGCCCACACAGCUUUGAUCUAGGGCUGGCAGGAGUUGCGAGCUCAUCACAUUCUCGUCAACGUGGAGGACAAUGACAUGCCAGAGUGGCGCUGAUCCUCUGAUCAGCGUGUGAUGUGGGGCAGUGCUCUCUCUCCCCCUCUGUGGUCAGUCAUUUACCGUCCCUCUGUGGAGCGUGUGCGUUGGGAACUACCAAGUCCUGCCCCUCCUGGGAAAAGAGGUCUUCUCUGGCAAGAGCCUAGAGCGUUGACUGUGUUAUGCUGGGACUUGGUAGAGGAGACAUAGAUUUUUAAGCUGUAGGAAAAGGAUUUGAUGGGGUGGGAUUCUGAAGGCUGGGCUUGGCCUUUCUUCUGAAAGCUGAGAAAUUUCGCUGGUCUGCCGGAAGGCUGGCAUGGGUGGAAGGCCACAUUCCCAGCUUGCGGUGGAAGUGGGCUGACAGGAGCCUGCAGUCUAAGCUGAGGUGUUCUCCAGGAAGCAGAUCUGAAUCUGCUCAAACUCUUUGCCUCCUGGAGAGAGAAGACUUCAUACUGGAUGUACUCAACAAACCAGAAAAGAAGUUUUUAAGGAAAAUGCUGGGCAGGCUGCUAACUUUUGAUCUCUGAAGGAAGAAAAAUGCCUGUAAACACCUGGAAGUUACCACUGGAUAAACAAGCUGUUCUCUGAGUUAGAACCCUAAGGUCCAUAUUUAAUUAGAGUCAUCUCGUAAUUGUCCAUUCUCUUGGUGAAUCUGAAAACUCGAGAAACUUGGGGACUUGCCAGCAGGCUCUGUGUCCGCCUGGCAUCACUGUUCUCUGGGACACUCUGUCCCUUUGCCCAGAAGGAAAGAGAUGUUUUUUGGGGAACUAAAGAGGGGACAAUAAUGAGAAAAUUGGAUUCCCCAAAUUAGACUGAGACUGUGCCAACCCUUUGGAGUUUGAUUCAGGUCUUGGCAGUUCUUGGCCUGGUGAGUUUAAAUACAGUCCCAGGUUCAAGCCAUGGCUGAACCCAGCUUGCUGUUCUCAUUGCUUUUCGGAGUGGUCAUCCCAGUCAGUGUUUCUGCAGGUCCUCACUCGUUAUCCCACAUCAGCACCUGUUGGAGGCCCUGUGCUGCGGGAUUUGGAAAAGGGUUGCCAUUUCUGCUGCUGAGAUUUCAGAGCCCUACUCCUGCCAGUUCGGGAUGGGAGACACUGGGAAAGGGUCAAACAACUUGAAACAUUGACCUGCCCAUUGUUAUGUAAAAACUGCGUAAUUCUCAGUGUAUAUUUAUAAAUUUCUAUUUUUUAUAGCUUUGGGGGAAUUCUUAGAGGAAAAUAGUAGUAGAGGCAGAUUAAAAAUGUGACUUAUGAAAAGCUCAUAAUAAAGGUUCAUAAUAAAAACUUUGCAAAUAAA